GUUUAAGAUAACUCUCAGUAGAAGGAGGCCUGGAGGGCUCAAGAGCUUUCGAGGAACUGAGCACGGUAGCUUGCCAUCUCCUUGCUUAAUUGUCUUGCUGAUAAAUUCAACAUCUGGAAGAAUAGCUGAGUUGCUAUCGCGCACGUCCGUGGAGAUAUGCGAGAACGAGUCAUGUGUGUGCAGCAGCGACAUGCCGCACGUUAAGCUCUAUAAGUACGCCCCUAGAACUCGAGGGUCGCAUCGUUGCUUACCGCCCCUUGGAAGGCAACAUAUCUGAAUCAUUUCGCAUAGCACUUAUCAUCGCCGCUUUCAAGUAACUCUUCGUACAAUAUGGCAACUUCAGCUACGAUAGAUGGCGUCCCUGGGACUGCCACCAGCAUCCAAUCCACCACCAAAGCUACGCUUCCAGGUUACAAGCAUCCGUUAGAUCCACUCACACCCGAUGAGAUCGUUGCGGUCUCAUUGACCGUUCGCAAAUAUGCCGCAGCAAAUACACCGAUCAAGGCAAUUCGGUUCAUAACGAAUUAUCUCCUACCGCCUCCGAAGAAGGACGUCCUUGCGUACUUGGGGAUCCCUCUGAGUACUGGCGCGAAGCCGGAAAAGGCUUCAGAGAUUGUCCGAAAGGCUGAAGUGGACUUCAUUGACGUUGUUACUGGAGACUCCUAUAACACUAUCCUGUCUUUGAAAGACGGCGCCUGGGAAGUCGAUACUCUGGAGAGGCUUCCUACCGGCGUCCAACCUCAGAUUAGCGUGGAGGAAUUGCUCAUUUGUGAAGAUAUCAUUCGUGCUGACGAGCGAGUCCAAAAACUCGCUAAGGAUGUUGGUGUGGAACCGCAUCAGUUACGUGCAGAUGGGUGGGCCAUUGGAUAUGAUGGUCGUUUCCCUAAGAAGCAGAGAAUUCAACAGGCACUAAUGUUUGCCUGCUUUGGAGAGCACGAUAACUUAUAUGGUCAUCCUAUGGACUUCAUCCCUGUCAUCGACUCUUUGACCCAGAAGGUCAUCCAUAUCGACUUCCCGGCGCAUUAUACAUCGACAGACGCUUCAGGAUCCCCGACUAUACUCAACUUCUCUGAUGCCGGGAAAGACGCCACCCUCAACGGUAGCUCUACAGUACCUCCUCCGUUGUCAGAUUCCCUGGACGCGAAUAGACCCCGCAUUCCUCCCCCGAGGGCGCCUCAAGACUACCUGCCUGACAUGUUACAGAAGAACCUUGGUUCAAAGUUCAAGUUAAGAGAUGAUAUCAAGCCAUUGCAUGUCAUUCAACCCGAGGGUGUUAGCUUCAAGGUUAACGGAAAUGAGCUGGAAUGGCAGAAGUGGAAGAUGCACAUUGCUUUCCAUCAUAGAGAGGGCAUAGUCCUCUCCACAGUGACUUACAACGAUGAUGGUGUCAUUAGGCCCAUCUUCUAUCGUUUGUCCUUGGCGGAGAUGGUUGUGCCCUACGGAGCUCCUGAACAUCCGCACCCUCGAAAACAUGCCUUUGAUGCCGGUGAAUAUGGGAUGGGUACGAUGGCGAAUGAAUUGUCCCUCGGGUGUGAUUGCCUCGGUCAAAUCCACUACAUGCCAGGAGCAUUCGUCAAACACGACGGGACGGCGUUCAUUAUCAAGAACGUCAUCUGCAUCCAUGAAGAGGAUCACGCUCUCUUGUGGAAACAUACCGACUUCCGUGUUGGAGGUCGCACGCACGCCGUACGAUCACGCCGACUCGUCGUCAGCAUGAUAUGCACCUUGGCCAAUUACGAGUACAUCUUCUACUAUUACUUCUACCAGGAUGGGAAUGUUGAACUCGAGAUUCGAUUGACGGGUAUGCUUCAAGUUUAUGUCAAGGGGGAUAACGAGCCGAAUCCUUUCGGUACUACCGUUGCACCCGGGCUCAACGCGCAAUAUCACCAGCAUCUCUUCUCUCUUCGCCUUGACCCCAUGGUUGACGGCCUGCAAAACACAGUUGUGGAGACGGACGUUCUUCCAUUGAACGCACCCACCGGCUCUGCAUUGAACUUCGCGGGCAAUGGUUUCUUCACGAAGGAAACUCCGAUUACGAAUCAAAAGGAUGGUGCGCGAGACUACGAUUUGGAGAAAGAUAGACGAUGGAUUAUCACGAAUCCUGGUCACAAGCAUCCUGCUUCGCAGAAGAACGUGGGCUACGCCAUUGGAAUGAAGGGCGGCAUAUGCCGAAUGCUUGCUAAGGAUGACAGUUGGGUAGCAAAGCGAGCGGGCUUCACGAAGAAACCUUUAUGGGUCGUAAAGGAUAAGGAAGGACCGAAGGGUUCGCGACUGUAUCCUUCCGGGAAGUACGUCCCGGGUACAAGGGGAGAGGAGACGGAGGACUUCAUCACGUCUUGGGUGCAAGGCGAUGAGAGUCUUGUCGAUGAAGACAUUGUACUAUUCCUGACCUUGGGUAUCACGCACAUCCCCCGACCGGAAGAUUGGCCAGUCAUGCCGGCAGAAUCGCUUAACGUCCAUUUCCGCCCUGUUCACUUCUUCACAGCGAACCCCUGCUUGGAUGUACCCCGUGCUAAUGACAGCCACAGCGUCCCUGCGUUCCCCGAUGGUCAGUCCAACGCGUGUUCCUGCAAUUAAGCCACAAUUCGGGAGAAAGUCUCCUUGCAUCGUAUUAUACUAUGAGCGUGAAAGUGCACCCAUAUCAGCAGAAUAUUUGUAUAGUAGCACGUCAGUGUUAGGACAUAUGGCUAUCGUGAAGCCUCCGUGACCAUCCUAACUGUGGUCAUAUGUUCGUUUAGCACGCUGCCAGCAUAUUUUCGUGUAUCCCCGGUGAGUCGGUAAAGAGAUACGAUGCUCAAAGAAUGAAUUCCAAAUAUCCGCAG